AUGCCGUCCUUCAAACCUUUUCACUCCGUCACAGGCCGCAAUGCCGCAAGCCUGUUUGACAUCCGCCUAGAAAAUGACUUCAUCGUCUUUCGCGGCGGCGAGCACGAGUCUGCCGGUCAGCUCAUCAAGGGCGUCAUCGUUCUUUGCCUCCCAUCCCCUCUCAAGAUUGAGGAUAUUCAUCUCCGCCUCACUGGCACUCUUCGUAUAAAGUACGUGCCUCAGUUAUCUUUUGCGCCACCACACGAUAAACUGGUAACGGGAACACCGGGAUCUUCAAGCCAAAAAGUUGACAGGCUCGUCACCAUCCUCGAGCACCGAUGGGAGCCCUUUGUCGGCACGCCGGGAAAGAGCUUGACGCUCCCCGCAGGCAACUACGAGUACCCCUUUGAGUACACGAUGCCUGGGGACGCGGCCGAGAGCGUCGAGGGCAUCUCCGAGGCUUCCAUCUCGUACCGGCUCAAGGCCACGGUGGGCCGCGGCAAGUUCGCCUACGACCUCCACUCGUACAAGCACCUGCGCGUCAUCCGCACGCUAGAGGCCGGCGCCCUCGAGUUCCAUCAUGCCAUGAGUGUCGAGAACAUCUGGCCCAACAAGAUCGACUACUCCAUCGUCGUCCCGCAAAAAGCCGUCGCCUUCGGCGGCCGCGUCAACCUAGAGAUGCGCCUCACCCCGCUCCUCAAGGGGCUCGAGCUCGGCAAGAUCACCGUCUGCCUCAUGGAGAUCCGCGAGACCUGCAUCCAGAGCUUCACCGGCUACAGCAUGCGCGAGCACAAGGUCGAGCGCGAGGUCGAGAGGUGGGACGUCGAUCCGGACCGCGACAACACCUGGCAGGACACAAUCGAGGACACCGGUCAAGAGGGCUGGGUCAUCGCCAGGCCGCUCAACCUGCCCAGGAGGCUGCGCCAGUGCAUCCAAGACGUCAACAUUCACGGCAUCAAAGUCCGCCAUAAACUCAAGUUGACCAUUGGUCUAAAGAAUCCUGAUGGUCACAUUUCCGAGGUACGGUCUUUUCCCUCUCCCCUCCCUUUACUUAAAAAAAACCCCCAUCUUCUUUCCCUCCUUUCCAGAGCUAAUACUUACUCUACCUGCCGAAAAAAAACACAGCUCCGCGCCACCCUACCCGUUUCCAUCUUCAUUUCUCCCAACGUGCCUCUGGACGAGCAAGGCAGUGUCAUCAACCCUCAGUCAGCCCGGACGGCCGAUGACCCGAACCGCGUGGCCCCUCCCAGCUACAGCGACCACCAGCUCGACCAGCUGUAUGACGACGACAUGACGGGGUUCCAGACGCCUGCGGGCGGCGUGUCGGGCGUCAGCAGCCCCAUCUAUCUGCACUCGCGGGCGGGCUCGUCGGAGAACCUGGCGGGUCUUCACGGCGGGCACCGCGGGCCCGUGGCCCCGGCGGACCUGUCAUCGAGGUUGGCCAACGUUUCGGACGACCCGACGGAGCGCAACACGGCCUUCAACCAGACCAUCGGGUCGUCGGUUCUCCCCGCCAUUUCGGAGCCGAGCUCCAGUAACCUGACACGCCACAACAGCGGCAACGACACGACCAGCUCGGGCCAGGAAUCGCCCCAGGAGCACGUCGACGAGCUGGAGCUAGCCCCCACCACCCGCGUCCCCAGCUACUCGACCGCCGUGCGCACCCGCGCCCCAGGGGAUGUCAGCCACCUUCCCGACUACCGCACCGCCAUGAGCACGCCCAGCACCCCGCCGGCUACCGACCUCGGCCUCGUCGAGAACGGAGACGUCUUUGUCGCAUCGGUCCACGUGUCCGAGGAUGGGAGCAGCGUCACCACCAGCGGGUCCACUACCCCCGGUAACCUGUCCAGGAGACCUACCCUUUCCAGUCGUCCCAGUGCACUGCGCACCAGCCGUCCUGCCGAUGAGGAGGGCCCGCCCCGUCGGGUUCAUAUACAAGACCAGGCUGUAUGA